CUUUACCCCACCUAUGCCGCUUUGAAUUGUGGGAAGCCUACAACGACAACAAAUAGUUUUAUGCUGUUACUAUUCACAAGUAACUGCUCGUGUUCUGUUCAUCUCCGUGUUUCCUUGCGAAACAAAGAUGGAAAAUGUGCACCUGGCCGUAGAGGAUGAUGACCUUUAUUCGGGUUACAACGACUAUAACCCCACAUUUGACUCCGAGGAGUUGGAGAACGAUGUGGGCUUCCAGCAGGCAGUGAGGACCAGUCAUGGAAGGAGACCCCCGAUGACGGCAAAGUUUCCAGGCACUGCCAUUGGAGGUCGACCUUUAGCAUCAUCCUUCGGUUCCCGCAUCCCCAUGGCUUCAUCAAUGGGCAGACCCAUGACUGGAGCUGUGCAGGAUGGUGCUGCUCGCCCGAUGACUGCUGUCAGAGCUGCGGGGUACUCGUCCUUAAUGACCCGAGGCUCAACCUUUGACCCUCUGGGCCAGUCCAGGGGGCCUGCGCCUCCACUGGAAGCAAAGAAUGACGACACGGUGGAAGAGAAGAUCAAGAUCUUGGAGAAGAAAGUGAAUGACCUGAUAGAGGAGAGCUGCAUGGCGCAGAGCAUUGACGCCUUACAGCUGGCUCUUGAAAAAGCCAAAGAGGCAGGGAGGAAGGAACGAGCGCUGAUCCGACAGAGGGAACAGUCUGGCAACACAGAACACAUCAACUUAGACCUCACUUACUCUGGGGAGAUAGUAGAACAGGGAACAGAUUUGGCUUCCAGAGCAGAAAGCUUUAUGACUCAGCAAUGCAGGCAGAGAAAAGCUGUUCUGCUCAACCUUGCUAACCAGUAUGCAAACAACGAAAUGUACCCGGAGGCUUUGAACAGCUACCAGGUCAUUGUGAAAAACAAGAUGUUCAGUAACGCAGGCCGCCUCAAAGUCAACAUGGCCAACAUCUACUUCAAACAGAAGAACUACCCUAAAGCUAUCAAGUUCUACCGCAUGGCGCUGGAUCAGAUCUCCAACGCUCAUAAGGAAAUGAGGAUCAAGAUCAUGCAGAAUAUCGGAGUAGUGUUUGUCCGCUUGGGCCAGUACUCAGACGCCAUAACGUCCUUCGAGCACAUCAUGAGUGACAGUCCCAACAUAAAGACUGGCUUCAACCUUAUCCUGUGCUACUAUGCCAUUGGAGACAGAGAGAGGAUGAAGAAGGCCUUUCAGAAGCUCAUCUCUGUUCCACUGGGUAUUGAUGAUGAAGAUAAGUACAUCCCUACAAGUGAUGAUCCCAGUUCAAAUAUGGUCAUUGAGGCCAUUAAAAAUGACAAGCUUCACCAGAUGGAAAGGAAUCUGAAAGUCCUGGCUGAGAAAUACAUCAUGACUGCAGCCAAGCUCAUUGCUCCAGCCAUCGAGACUUCCUUUGCUAGCGGAUUUGACUGGUGUGUUGACAUGGUGAAGAGCUCUCAGUAUGUUGAGCUUGCCAACGAUCUGGAGAUCAACAAAGCCAUCACAUACCUCAGACAGAAGGACUUUAACCAGGUCGAGGCAGUGGAAACACUGAAAACAUUUGAGAAGAAGGACAGCAGAGUGAAAAGUGUUGCAGCCACUAACCUUUCUUUUCUCUAUUUCUUGGAGAAGGAUUAUGACCAGGCUGACCGAUACGCUGACCUCGCAAUGAACGCUGAUCGUUACAAUCCCGCAGCCCUUAUCAACAAGGGCAACACAGUGUUUGUCAAAAAGGACUAUGAAAAAGCUGCCGAGUUCUACAAAGAGGCCCUGAGGAAUGACUCCUCAUGCACUGAGGCCCUCUACAACCUGGGUUUGACGUAUAAAACACUGAACAGACUGGAAGAGGCCCUAGACUGCUUCCUGAAGCUUCAUGCCAUUCUGAGGAACAGCGCGCAGGUCAUGUAUCAGCUGGCUUACCUCUACGAGCCGCUAGGAGAUCCUCAACAGGCAAUCGAGUGGCUGAUGCAGGUCAUCAGUGUCACUCCCACGGAUCCACACGUACUGGCCAAACUGGGAAAGCUGCAUGAUGACGAGGGGGACAAGUCCCAAGCUUUCCAGUACUAUAGUGAGUCUUUCAGGUACUUUCCCUCCAACAUUGAUGUGAUCGAAUGGCUCGGGGCUUACUAUAUUGAGACCCAGUUCUGUGAGAAGGCUAUCCAGUACUUUGAACGAGCAACUCUCAUACAGCCGACCCAGGUGAAGUGGCAGCUAAUAGUCGCAAGCUGUUAUAGAAGAAGUGGAAACUAUCAGAAAGCUCUGGAAACCUAUAAAGAGAUCCAUCGGAGGUUUCCAGAAAACGUGGAAUGCUUGCGCUUCCUGGUUAGGCUCUCAACAGACAUGGGGCUGAAGGAAGUCCAGGAAUAUGCCACCAAGCUGAAGAAGGUAGAGAAGAUGAAGGAGAUCAGAGAGCAGAGGAUAAAGUCGGGCCGGGAGAACAGUGGGAGAGGUCGCAGAGAAGGCAGGGAGGGCAGCACAGGGAGUGCUGCAGUCAUCUCCACAUCUGCCCUCACCUCUUCUAAGAAGUCCAGCAUUACUGAUAUUGUCAAAGCAGAAUCUCAACCUGAGCCCAAACAGUUCAGUCCACUGCUGGACCCAGAGCGAGACAGCGGCCGCAGCAGCAGCAGCAGCUCUAAAGGAGAGCGUCUCAGCGCCAAGAUGAAGUCACUUCCUGGUUCAAAUGAGCCCUAUGAAAACAGCAGCCCAAAAGAACUUGAUGCCUCAUAUGUGGACCCGCUGGGGCCUCAGAUUGAAAGACCAAAGACGGGGGCCAAGAAGCUGGUGGAUGAUGAUGACUUUGCAGAUGAAGACCUGGGAGAUGAUCUACUACCAGAAUAGAUGCAUCGACUCCUUUGUGAAAUUGGAACCAUUUGGACAGAGAUGUUUACAUCUGUUGGUAAUAAGGAAUUGUCCUUCUUAAGUUGAGGAGGAGGAAGUGCCGAAGUUCUCUCCUGUGAUGGAUUGUCUUUGUCAUGGAUCUGCACCAAAAGGGAAUAAUACGUUAAUGCAAUAACUGAAUGCAUAAAAAAAAUCUGAUAGUUUAUUCACACAUAUAUGGACCAUGCUUUGCUGUGUGUAUAACUGUAUGAGGGAUGGAAAAUAUCUCAGCAGGUUGGACAAAGUAUCUAAUUCAACUCUUUUGGCUCAAAUUAAUAUAAGUCCUUAUAUUUCACUUUUAUUUAUGUUCUUUUUUUAGUCUUCUGUAAUAAAAUGUUUUACUGAGAUUAGUUUCUUUGAGAGUGGAGCCAACUUCUGCUAAAACUUUGAAAUUAAAAACUUAAGUUGG